UUGACAUUUUGAAACAUUUUCGCGUUAAUUGACAUUUUUAAAUAAUUUGGGGAUUUGGGCAUUUUGAAACAUUUUCGGAGUAUUUGAAUUUUAAUUUUUAGCGGAAAAAGCAUACAGUAUCAACGAUUUGAUAGUCGAAUUCGAGGUUCACGUUGGUGUUCAACAAGCCUGUUUGGAAAGCACAAAAUUCAUGUUAGAUUUAUUCGGAAAUCAACAAAACAAAGGCAAAGAAAACGGCAACAAAGAAAAUAAAUCAAAGUUAAAAAAUGAAACAAUAUUAAAAUUAUUUAAAGCUUCAGAAGCAAUAGUAGGGGAAGUAAAGAAGUUGAUAGGUGAAUUUGAAGAAGUAUUAGAUAAUGGAUUAAAAGAAGAAUUGGAUGAACAAGAAAGCUACAAGAGAGGAUUUUAUAGAAAUCAAGGAAGAAGAUUGAAGGAUUUGGACCUUUAUUACUACAUUCCUGAAGGAUUAUUUCUUGAUUCCUUGCCAGAUUAUAUUAUGGGUGGAUUAAAAGAUUAUGAUACUGACAAUGAAUUUAAGACAAAUAGGGCAAGAUUGUUUAGCAAAUUUUUGAGUAAUAAGGAAGAUGUGUGUGUUGAAAAUGAAGAAGAUAACGAAGAGGAGGGAGAAGUUGUGAUUGUUGAAGAAGAUGUCAAAACUAAUCUUUGGCAAAAAGCAUACAAUGCAUUUAAGAGACAAUUGUCUCGGAAGAAGAAACAAGAGUCCUUGAAGACACAAGGGUCUUUAAAGAAACAAGGAUCCUUGAAGAAAGAAGAGCCUUUGACGAGAUAUGAGUCAUUGAAGAAACUAGGGUCUUUGAAGAAACAGAAUUCUUUAAAGACACAAGGAUCCUUCAUUGAGUCCUUGAAGAAACAAAAUUCUUUCUCCAUUGGAAAUUGCAAACCGAACUUGAGAGAUGUUGUAGAAUAUACGAUUAAAUUAAAUGAUAUUUGUCAGAUUGGUUGAUCUUCGAGAAAAAAUCAAAAAAGAGGCAGAUAUUCAAAUACCAAUUAUCCACAUAGGCAAAACAACUAGACAACAACAUACAAUUCAUUCUUAUGACUUGAUGUAUAAAGAAAAAGCAAUAAAAAACUAUGAAAAUUAUUUAAAAACAGUAGAUAAUACAAAAAUUGAGGGAUUGAAAAAAAUA